AUGAACGAUGCUCGCACAGAAAUGCAAUACCACAAGGAUAUUAUCCGAAAUCUGGAAACCCUGAACCAAACCUUGCAAGACACCGUUCGCCUGCAAAAGACGCGGAUCGUGGCCUUGGAAGAGGCGCUUGCUCGGGUGACAGACAACGCACCCCCACAACUUGAAGCAGCCGCCGCAGUAGCCCCUCCCAUUUCCUCUGCCAACGUGAACGGAAGCCAUCCGAAAUUGGUUCCAGAUGUGGAGACUCGAAAAGUCGAGCCUAAGCCAUCUCCAGAUGGUCGCCGUCUAGCCACAGUUCUCGGUAGCGCGACCAACCCCUUCGUUUUAGAUCUCCAUGACAUGCCAUCUGAUUGUGCCCCGGCUGAUCCUUCGGGCUCGGGCUCUAGGAGCGUUCAGGGCAGCGUUACAGAGUCUGGCGCCAAGCCAAGACCACGGUGCGAACCAUGCCCCCAAAAUGCACUCGAUGCAGGUCACAUGAGUGAACAGAAAUGUGCGCCCCGCGCGACUGACACGCCUAAGAGGAAACGAGACAUUAUUGAUCCUGCUGGAAUCACCCAGAACCGAAAACGCAUACGCCCAUCUGUGCGAGAACAAAGUCCAUUUUACCAACGAAGUCCAUCUUACCGUCCAACGCCUCCUCCAGCUGAUGACAAUACGGGCCCAGUGGCAAGGAUAGAUGGUUCUGAGAGUGGUGUGACGACGCAUACCCUCGGGGGAGACCAGCCUAGCCAGAGUAGAGACCUCAGAAAUGCCAACAAUACUGAAGCUGGGGUUGGAUGGCUUGUGAUAGAUGAAGAAGACGAUUUAAAGCCUAUCGAGUGGAAGCUGGAAGUUCAACCACUGAGGAUCGAUUUAGAUGCUAGUGUCAAGCUACCAGAAAUCCAGGUCGACGUCAAGAUGGAAAUAGGUCACGCGCUAUUGAAUGCGGACAUUAUUCAAGCACGCCUACUCGCCAUGAGCGUACAGAGCUACCCGGUCACGGUCCGUCCUACACUACGGGACAUCACAGUGAAUCGUAAAUUCAUGAGCCAAGUAUACGGAGGGAGUCCUCAAAGCAUGUGUCCAUCAAUCAACAUGAAGAAUCGCACACACAGAUUCAGAAAUUUCCUUUUCCCCACUCUCAUGCUGAAUCCGCACGCGCCCAAAGAGCCGGGUGAGCCAGGCCUGCUGCUGAGAGUGACGAAGGAUGCAGCAUGGCAGCCCGGUGAUCAGAAACUUUUGGUAGGACUGCGGCAAGGCACGUACCGGUACAUGGGGGAAUACACCAUGGUGCGAGCAGAGCCACUCUCUCGCGAGGAGUAUAAAUCUCUUCCUGCAAAUGCUAAACGAGAAUGGGCGGGAGAAAUUCUGCGGAGGCGGAAAGACAAAGGGCUGCGCGUCCGAAUUAUACUACGCCGUGAAAAUCCCGGUCGCGAACCCACAGAACAAGAAGUCAAGGAGGCCAUCGGUGAUACAAACAAUGAAUACCGAAACGUCAACGAGGCAGAGAUUAUCCGUGCUUUCAAAACUGGACAAGAGACGAUGUCAGUGUGGUGCAUGAAGAGUGUGGGAUACGACGAGGGCUUCCAGCGUGACGUUGCGCGAUACCGUUAG